UCCCCACUCAAGUCGAACAGUUUUGAGGGCGCUCAAUUAAAUGGCCCUCCUGGGCCGAGCUGAGUGAUCCAAGAUAGGGAAUGACGCAAAUUAAAGACUUCGGUUUGCUUGUUCUGCUCUCGUCAGAAAUCAAUUUGAGAACAAGCCUUCAGCCAGUGCCGUCAAUAACGUCACUUGAAAGACCUUUGUGGGGUCCAAUCGCCUUGAGGGCGUUUGCAGGGACCGAGCUUUGUAGUACAGAAUUGCCGUCUUCACUCCAUCCACUCUUUGUGCUAGCUGGGCCUUGGCACUGGCUGCAAACUGGAUCGUCCCCGAGGACUGCUCGAACACUGAACACGUUGUUGGAGGUUAAUGCGUACCUCUGUUCUCAGAAAUGAACUCCAAUGACUACGAUGAUUGCGAUUCUGACGAGAAUGGUGAAUACUGGUCAUUGAGGAUCACUCUGGGUUGGUUAUGGCACAUCACUUUACAUCAUCAUCACCAUCAUCGUCUACCCACGUCGUUGAAUCUCUCUUUCUCUCUCUCACACACUUUAUCCAGUACAACUACGUAUGAGCGAGUGUGCCUAGCUCAGUUAGUUUGGCGUCACUUGAGUAACCGUGCCAGAAGCAGUUCUUAUUCUGGGUCUCAGAGAAUACACCUCCUAUGGAUCAGAUGGAAGAGGGCCGGCCCAAGUGGACCCGCGCCCCCGCGUUGGGGUAGAGUCUAGCCACGAGUUGUGAUGGUUGAAAGAUUCUGCUUCAGGUCUGGUUCAAAAAUGCAUCCCCUUCCUAGUCAUCCCUCAACAGGAAGGUCGGAUACUAAUGAGGCUUUAGAGGGUGGGCCUCAAGACCAAUCUACCAACAGCCAUGGGGCGCCUCCUGGUGCGCCUCCUGGUGCCAAGUCAUUUUCCAGAGGCUCGGCUCUCCGUGGGUCGUUGAGAAAGAUGCUACCACCUGUGCCGGACAUGGACACGCAAAUCUCGUUGUCGGCCAAAAUGAUUGACAAACGAACCAGCACUCCCAAAGGAAACCAUAGUUAUGGGCCGUUUUUCUUAGAAUAUUCUCUUCUGGCCGAAUUCAACUUACUGCAAAAGCAGCGAUUGCCUGGCCUUUAUGUCAUCCCCUCGCACGGAUCAUCCCUCGUCUGGUUUGGAAUUAUCUUCAUUCGGCAAGGGAUUUAUCAGGAAGGUGUGUUUAGGUUCAAAGUACUGAUUCCUGAAAAUUUUCCGGAUGGAGAUUGUCCCAAAAUCAUGUUUGACCAUUCGGUUUUUCAUCCGGCUGUGGAUCCGGAGACAAAUGAAUUGAACUUGAAGAACACGUUCCCAAAGUGGAAGAGGAAUAUUCACCACAUCUGGCAGAUUUUGUUAUACAUCCGGAAAGUGUUUUACAAGAUCGAUCCUCAAGAAAUGAAAAAUGUGGAAGCUUGCUCACUAUUUGUCAAAGAUCGCAAUCAAUUCAAAGACAAAGUCAGAGCUUGUGUCUUGGAAUGGGAAACCAGAUUGUAUGAAGUUCCAGAGACCAGAGAUCCACAUUUUCUCACGUUUUCACCUUACAACCCAGAGAUCCACGAUAGUGUUCGAAGACAAUUGGCCUCUAAUCAUUCUGAAUUCUCAUCGCUUCCGGUCCAAGAUCCAUACUUAGAUCCAAACCACGGCGGAGAUGUCAGUAGAGCCAGAAGUAAUGGCUUCUCGUUUUUGGAUAAAGGGAGUCUGACUGUAUUUUCGAAGAACUCACUUUGACAAAAUAUUCAAUUCAGGCGUCAAAUAAUACUAAUGUUGCAAAUGAGUGAUGAGAUAUAUUCUAUUUACAAUUGUCAAAGUAGUCACAUUAAUGCUUAACAUUAAUACCAAAUAAUACAUGAUUCAUGAUUUUA